AUGACAUCCACAAUUCCAUCGCUUGAACGCUUACAAAUCCCACUUGAAGAGGUUGUAAAGGCCACCAACAACUUCGAUGAUAACUAUGUCAUCGGAAAAGGUGAUUUCGGAAAGGUUUAUAGAGGACAACUCUUGGUGUCAGGGGAAAUGGUGAAUAUUGCUGCUCGAAGACUAGAUCCAAAGCGUCGACGACAGGGAGAUGUUGAGUUCUGGACCGAGAUUUCUGUACUUUCUAGUCUAAAGCAUGAAAAUAUAGCAUCUUUGAUCGGGUUUUGUGACGAGAAUGGCGAGAAGAUCAUCAUAAACAAGGAUGAGGCCACCAGAGGAAGUCUCUCGAUGUAUCUUAGCGACCCGACAACCCUCACAUGGAUUCAAAGAUUGAAAAUAUGUGUUGGCGUUGCGCGUGCAUUGAGAUACAUCCGAAAUAGUGAAGGGCGAGGUUAUAGUGUCAUACACCGUAACAUCAACAGCUUCACAGUUUUAUUAGAUGAUAACUUGGAUGCCAAGUUAUCUGGUUUUGAAUAUUCUAUCAAACAAUCAGUAGAUAGAAUGGACCGGGUUGUCCUUUCAGACGCUAUUGCCCCAAAAGGGUAUAAAGACCCAUCGAUUUUAAAAACGGGAGGUGUGAGUCACAAGUCAGAUAUCUACUCAUUUGGAGUGGUUUUAUGUGAGAUGUUAUGUGGGAGGAAAGCUUUUAUUCCAGAUGCGGAAAAUAGAUUUUUAGCUAUAUUGUUUAGAAUUCAAUAUGAAAAGAGAUCAUUGAAUGAUAUAAUCCUUCCCGAUCUACGGCAUCAAAUGACUCAGAAAUCACUCACCGAGAUCUCCAGAGCAGCAUAUUGUUGCUUAAAGGAGAACAGAUUACAACGUCCAAAAAUGGAUGAUAUUGUCAUUGAACUUGAGAAAGCAUUGGAACUUGAAAUUUUGAUAAAAGAAUUGAAGCACUUGAAGAUUCCCCUCAGUAAUAUAAUGUCGGCUACUGAAAACUUUUCUGAGGCAUGCCGUAUAAGGGAUACCGGACACUAUGACUUAUACAAAGCAGAACUUGAGCAUUUUGACGAAGAAAAUUUUUCUAGCAAAGAAGGGAAAAAUAAAGGUGAACUACCCAGGUUAAGCAACACUGUCUUUAUAAACCGCUUCCACCAAAGUGACAACGACGACUCUAACAUAGGACAACACAUGUUCUAUACGGGAAUUAAAAUGCUCGACACUUGCAAGCAUCCAAACAUAGUCAAACUACUUGGAUUUUGUGAUGAAGGUUCUGAGAUGAUCCUUGUCAUUGAGAAUCUUUGUAAUGGAUACCUUGACGAGUGUUUAAGAAACACCGAGAUGAUGCAUACUCUUACGUGGGCAAAACGUUUGAAAAUUUGCCUCGAUGUUGCAAAUGCAUUGAAUUACAUUCACUAUGAGAUGGAGGACAACAUGAUGAUAAUACACCGUGAUAUAAAAAGCCCCUACAUCGCAAUGGACGAGAAGUGGGGUUCAAAAAUUAUUGACUUCGGGUUGUCAGUGCUCCUGCCACCGUAUCAAGUUGACGAAGGUCUCAAUCAAAAUACUUAUGGUGGCACUCCUUGUUACGCUGAUCCAGAAUAUACAACGACCGGUAAGGUGAAACGAGAAAUAGAUGUAUAUAGUUUCGGGGUAGUUUUAUUUGAAGUCCUAUGUGGGCGACCGGCUUAUGACCCAAUAUACCUCAAGGAGAGUAACGAAGGUCUGGCGGUUGUGGCACGACGAUGGUUCCAAGAUGGAACACCACUAAUGGAAAUGAUAGAUCCCAUAUUGAAGGAACAAAGUGAUGAAAACAACUUUAUUAUCAAAAAAGGACCCAACAAAUAUUCUUUGGAAAAAUUUGUAAAACUUGCACACGAGUGCAUAGCAGAAAAUCAAGACCAACGUCCAACAAUGAAAGUAGUCGUCAAAGAGCUUCAAGAAGCCUUAUUGUUUGAGGAUGAACAGUUAGACGUGGUGCAUGUUGCCGAUGAAGUUGAAGAAUUGAUGGAACUUAAACCAGCAAGUGAAGAAAAUUUCAUAGAACACUUGAAGAUUCCCCUCAUUGAUAUAGUGUUGGCCACCGAUAACUUUUCCCCAUCAUGCCAAAUACGGGCUGAACUAACCUAUAACUUAUAUAGAGGAAAUACCGAUUAUCUUUACAUCGAAGAAGAAUGCAACACAGUAGUUAUAAAACGCUUCCUUCUAAGCGAAGACGACAUAGGAGAAGAAAAGUUCUUUACAGAAAUUAAAAUGCUUACCACUUGCAACCAUCCAAACAUAGUCAAACUAAUUGGCAUUUGCGAUGAAGGUUCCGAGAUGAUCCUUGUCGUUGAGCAUCCUUCUAAUGGAUACCUAUAUGAUUAUUUGUGGUAUGAAGCCAACGACAAGAGGCAUAUUCUUACAUGGGCAACACGGUUGAAAAUCUGCCUCGAUGUGGCAAAUGCAUUGAAUUACCUUCAUACGGAGAUGGAUGACAAAAUGAUGAUAAUACACCGUGAUAUAAAGAGUGCCAACAUUGCAUUCGAUGAAAAUUGGGAGGCAAAAAUUGUUGACUUUCGGGUCUCGGUAUUCCUGCCUCCGAAUCAAGAGGAAGACGCUCUCCGUCACAGUUUUUUUAUUGGCACUCCCGAGUAUAUGGACCCAAUAUACAGGAAGACUGGUAAGCUGAAAAGAGAAUCAGAUGUAUAUAGUUUUGGAGUAGUUUUGCUUGAAAUCUUAUGUGGGAAGUUAGCUAAUGACCCAGCUGUAUACUUAAAAGAGAGUGAGCAAGAACUAGCGUUUGAGGCGCGACAAUGCUUUCGAGAGGGAACGCUAGCGGAAAUGAUAGAUCCCAUAUUAAAGGAACAAAAGGGUGAAAAUAGCUUCAUUCUAAAAAGAGGACCAAACAAAGUUUCUUUGGAAAAAUUUAUAAAAAUUGCACACGAGUGCAUAGCAGAAACUCAGGACGAACGCCCAAAGAUGGAAGUGGUUGUCAAAGAGCUUCAGGAAGCCUUAUUCUUCGAGGAAAACAAGGACGAACCCAUAAUUUCACUUGAAGUCAUUAAACUGGCCACGGAAAACUUUGAUGACAAGAAUUACAUUGGUGGAGGAGGAUUUGGGAAAGUUUAUAAAGGAAAAGUUCCUCAUGGUGACGGGCUCAACACUAUUGUUGUGAAGCGAUUGGAUACAAGGCCUGGUCAAGGGGAACAACUAUUUAGGACCGAGCUCCAAAUUCUGUUUGAGUAUAAACAUGAGAAUAUCAUCUCUCUUGUAGGAUAUUGUAACGAAGAAGAUGAAAAAAUCAUUGUUUUCGAGCAUGCUUCUCGAGGAAGCCUUGAUGGGUAUCUGAAAGACAUUCGUCUUACAUGGAUAAAACGGCUUAAUAUAUGUAUUGAUGUUGCAACUGCGCUAGCUUUCCUUCAUGGAGGAGCUGGGAAACAAGCAAUUGUGAUACAUAGGGAUAUCAAACCUGCUAACAUUCUACUAGAUGCUGAGUGGAAUGCAAAACUUGCUGCUUUGGGACUUUCCUUGAUAAGUGCUAUAAAUCAGGAAACAGACUAUGCAAUUGAACAUCCAUGUGGCACGACGGGCUACUUGGACCCCCUUUACUUAAAAUCAGGUUUCUUAACCAAAGAAUCUGAUAUUUAUUCAUUGGGGGUGGUUUUGUUUGAGAUCAUGUGUGGCAAAUCAACGUUUGAGAUCUAUAAACGUAAUGGUCAGCGUCAGCAUCUAUCAGGUUUCAUCAAAGAGGCCUUCAAAAAAGGAAAAGGAAAACUAGAUGACUUGGUAUUUAAGGCUCUAAAGGAUCAGAUUGUGCCGGAAGCAUUGACUGCAUUUCAAGCUAUUGCCUACCGGUGCUUACAUGAUGACAGAAAAGAACGACCAACAGCAACAGAAGUUCUAGAACAACUUAAGAAGGCUCGGGAAUUCCAAAUUUCUGGAUCAAUUGAGGUAGCUGCUCAUUGUAUGGAAGUUCAACUCAACAUUUGA